GAUUUAGGUAACGUCCAUAAUAUAGAAUGAACGCCAAUAAUAUGUGUCAAAGACAUCUUGACCUUAAUGCACAGAAUGGUAUUACAAGCUACGAUAUCAAUUCUCUGGUCGAUGAUGAUUUUGAGGUAAUUGGUAGUUUGAGUGAUACACUGCGUUCGGUGUCAUUGGAAACUGGAUCAGAAAUACCUUUGUAUGAUAUAGAAAUUGGUAACCGUAAUGGCACCAUUGCCGAAAACUGCGCUAGUGCAACUACUAUCUCGAAUAAAGUGGUUGAUGAGAGCACACCUCUAGCGAACAACAGUUUAAAUUUGAUGUCAGGUGAUGACGUUGGUCGAAACACCGAUAUUCUCACGCAAAACGUUAUUAAAACAUCAUUAAUUGAUAGUACAGAUCUUUCGGUGCAUCCUUACCACGAAGACCCAAUCAAUAUAGUUGAGUCGAUUCGAGCUGAUUAUCAAGCUGCACAGCAGUCAGCUAAGCAGGAAAAUGAGUUACUACGUAAAGCAUGCGAAAAAAAGAACGAACAGAUAAGCUUUUUCUAUUUGUCUCUUCUUCGUCCCUAG